AUGCCGGUCUCCUCACAGUAUCCGCCGGUCGACAUCCCCAAUGUCGACCUUUGGACAUUUCUAUUCGAACGCAAGGAUAGGACCUUUCCAGAUGACAAUAUCAUUUAUCAGGAUGCUGAUACACAACGAUUUUACACCUACAAAACCCUGAAAGAUGCUGCACUUGCCUUUGGUCAAGGACUGAAGGCCGUUUAUGACUGGCGUAAAGGGGAUGUUUUGGCGUUGUUCACCCCCAACAGCAUUGACACCCCUGUGGUGAUGUGGGGAGCUCAUUGGGCUGGAGGCGUCGUAUCCCCGGCCAACCCAGCCUACACAACCGAGGAACUGGCUUUCCAGCUGAAGAAUUCGGGCGCGAAAGCUGUAAUCACACAGGUUCCCCAGCUAUCGGUGGUAAGAGAGGCCGCCAAGCAAGUCAACAUCCCUGAGGACCGCAUCAUCCUCAUUGGAGAUCAGCGCGACCCAGAAGCAAGGUUCAAACAUUUUACGUCCAUCCGAAACAUUUCGGGGGCAUCCAGGUACCGCAAAACCAAGAUCAAUCCGGAUAAGGACCUGUCAUUCUUGGUUUAUUCUUCGGGUACCACUGGUGUUCCUAAGGGUGUCAUGCUUUCCCAUAGGAACAUUAUCGCGAACUCUCUCCAGUUGGCUGCUGGAGAGGCUGGUCAUCUGACUUGGAAUGGCGGCGCUGACGGAAAAGGAGACCGAGUACUAGCGUUUCUACCAUUCUUCCAUAUUUACGGCUUGACCUGUCUUGUGCACCAGACAUUGUACCAAGGUUACAAACUUGUGGUGAUGGAGAGAUUCGAUAUUGAAAAAUGGUGUGCUCAUGUUCAGAACUACCGCAUCACGUUUAGCUACGUCGUGCCCCCGGUCGUUUUGUUAUUGAGCAAACACCCCGUAGUUGACAAGUAUGACCUCUCCACUCUCCGCAUGAUGAACUCGGGUGCCGCCCCGCUCACGCACGAGCUUGUGGAGGCCGUGUAUGCACGGAUUAAGUGUGGUAUCAAGCAAGGCUACGGCCUCAGCGAGACUAGCCCUACUACUCACACCCAGCCCUGGGAGGAAUGGCGCACAAGCAUCGGAUCGGUCGGCAAAAUGUUGCCGAACAUGGAGGCCAAAUACAUGACCAUGCCUGAGGAUGGGUCGGAGCCGCGUGAGGUAUCAGCAGGCGAGGUCGGCGAGCUGUACAUGAAGGGUCCCAAUAUCUUCCAAGGGUACCACAACAACCCAGCCGCAACCGCCGAAUGUCUUACCGAUGGAUGGUUCCGCACCGGAGACGUAGGCUAUCAAGAUAAGAACGGAAAUUUCUACAUUACGGACCGUGUCAAGGAGCUCAUCAAGUAUAAGGGCUUCCAGGUUGCUCCAGCAGAGCUGGAAGGCAUCCUUGUGGACCACGAGGCAAUCGACGAUGUCGCCGUUAUCGGUAUUGAAAGUGAGGCUCACGGCACUGAGGUACCGCUUGCUUAUGUUGUGCGGAGUGCGAAGAGCAAAGCUUCCGGCACUAGCGCAGAACAAGAGGCAGCCAAUAUUAUCAAAUGGCUGGAUGGCAAAGUCGCGUACCACAAGCGACUACGUGGCGGAGUACGCUUUGUGGACGCAAUCCCUAAGAGCGUGAGCGGAAAGAUUUUGCGGAGGGUUCUCAAGAAACAAGCCAAGGAGGAGGCAGCGGCGCCCAAAGCCAAGCUGUAA